GAAAAAAGUCAAAAACAUAAAAGAAGCACCGCGUGUAUUUUUAUUUUUAUUUUUGUCACAAAGCACCGCGUGUAUUUGAUUGUAUUGCAACCUGAAACACCCCCUCACCACUCACCAGUGUCGCCGACGGCGUGAAUGGUGCCAAAGUCAAAUUCAAACAUGAGUACGAAUCUGGGCACAGGAAAUCCACUGUUGAAGCCAGUUGUAACUAAAACAGGAACAGCCAGUAAAGGAACAGUUGGAGCUUCUCUUGGUAAGGUUGAUAUCAGCGCAAGUGAAAAAGCCUACAGUUUCCAAGUUGCUUUGGCUGGUGUCUGUGGCAACCAAAGUAACAUGAAAUGUAGUGUCCGGGACGACGGAAGGGUGAAAAUAGAAGGCGUUGUCACAGAUUCUAGUCUUCGAAGUGACGGGGUCUUGUAUGAGGUGAAAGUGCAAGAGUUUUCCCCGCCAGGACCUUUCUCCAUUUCCUUUGAUUUGCCGGGACCUGUUGAUCCCAGGUUGACUGCUUUCGAUUUUAAACAUGGUAUCCUGGAUGCUACUGUGAUGAAAUUCAGAAUACCAUAUUUUCCAAACAACCAUUGAUUUUCAUCUCAACGUAGAAAGCAAACUUGUUAAGCAUAUUGCAAUUAGACCGAGUAUCUCAUUUAGGAUUUUUCUCACAUAUUUCAGUAGGGAUUUUGAUAAAGAUGCUGAUAUGAUGCAUCCUCAUCAUACUGUCGUCCAUGAGUAAUUGUCAGGUGUACUUUUGUCAGUUCUGGAUCUCAAUUGAAGAUAUUAUCAUGGUUUUAAUCGCUGACAGUUUUAUCUUAAA